AUUUCGAAGGCCCAGAAACACAUAUGAUGGGAUUUUGGAUCCAUAAACUUUUGAGAAAAGGAGAGAGAGGAAGUACAACAGCAAUAUGUGGGCGUGAAGAAGGGAGAGAGGUUUGAAAGGGGAAUGAAAAGCACUCAUUAAACAUGUAAUGGUCCUUGCAGCGGCCAUUACUUUAGCGUCCAAACGAACCGCCAAUCUAACCAAGCCGAAAGUGUUACCUCGCGUGCCAGAGUCAGAUGAAGCAAGGCGAAUGUGCAUGCUUGUGACACAGCGCAAGAAUGAGACCAAACCUGAAAUCCGGCUAAGAGAAGAGAAGCCGAUCAGUCGACGAACAGACAUACAAAUCUCGUCGGGAACGAUGGUGGCUCAGCACACCAACAUGAAGUGCAACGACAUGAGGAUCCCAUGAUACACGGUAGGAGUGAUAAUAAGACUGAGAUCAC